AUGGCCGUUCUUCCUUCCGUUAUACUGUUGUCAACACACGACAAGAACAAAGUAAGAAGACAAGGAGUUGCAAAGAUCAAUCUCUGUUCAACAACAAUAGUUGGAGUUUUUUCUACCACUACUCUUUUUAAUGAUUCAUCUCGUAUUCCAAUGCUAUCCGGUGAAAACUACACUGAAUGGAAGGACAAGAUUCUUCUAACUUUGGGUUUGCCAAAUGAAAAGGCUGCUUAUGAGCGGUGGGAGCGAUCUAAUCGCCUAAGUUUGAUGCUCAUUAAGUCGCAUAUCAGUCAAAGCAUUAGGGGUUCAAUUCCUGAUUGUGACCGAGUCAAAGCUUACAUGAAAGCAAUUGAUGAACAAUUUGUAAGCUCUGACAAGGCUUUGGCUAGCACCCUUAUGAAGAAACUUGCAAGCAUGACACUUGACAAAAGUAGGAGUGUGCGUGAGCACAUUAUGGAAAUGAGGGAUAUUGCGGCUAAAUUAAAGUCCCUUAAAGUUGAGAUUUCUGAAUCAUUUCUUGUACAUUUCAUUCUCAACUCUCUUCCGUCGGAAUAUACUCCGUUUAAGAUCUCUUAUAACACACAUAAAGAAGAAUGGUCAAUUAAUGAACUAUUGACCAUGUGUGUUCAAGAGGAGGAGAGAUUGAAACAUGAGACACCAGAAAGUGUUCAUCUAGUGACUCAUGGUAAAGGAAACACAAAGAAAGGAAAAGGCAAGAGUGUUCUUAUGAAAAAAUGGCAAUAA